AUGCCGGGGUCGCGUCCUAUUCCCAGUCUGACGGUGACUUUCCCGGCCGGAUUUCAUAUUGGUGGCCUUGCAACCCCGCCCUUCCCAGCGGCUGUGGAAACUAUGCUGAGUACGUUAGCUUCUCGUUCCUCUACCUUCCAGUCUUUGCAGCCUCUACACCAGUUUGUCCCUGCGAACGCGAGGCGCCGUGUAACUGCAUAUCUGCUGAGCCAUCCGCAGUUCCUGGAUGCAGAGCUGGUAAAGCGCAUUAUGGAAGAAUGGCGGGGCGACACUACUCCUGCCAACAGUGAGGGGGUGACUAUCUCAACGUCCGUAGGGGACCUGCGCAUCUCUCUGGCUUCGCGACUUGUCAGGCAGCUUGCCACGCCCAGUGCUACGGUUACGCCUUUCAGUGUUGAGUCGUCGAACGACCCAGCCCCUCCGUUUGGGGGCUUGCCUCCGUCUGCUCCCUCGGCUGAAGAUGUUGGUUCUCUGCCCUUACCUGUGCCCUUGGUGAGUCGCGAGGAACCUCUUCGCCCUGUGCCGACUGAGGUCAUGCCUUCGUCUGCUCCAUUGGCUGAAGGUGUUAGUUCUUUGCCCUACCCGGUGUCCUUGGAGAGCCGCGAGGCUGGCAACGACCUGACCCCUGGUAGGGAGCAGCCGGGGGCAUUGCCCAAAGUGGGAGAGGUUGGCGAGAUCGUGGUGCAGUGCAUUGAUGACAACACAUUCGAUGCUAUCAUGGAUGUGUUCAAAAACGAGCCCCACUACGAGGACAUACAGGCGCAGGAUGUCCUUAGCUUCAUUCCGAAGGGCCUCAUUUUGCACCCCAUGAAGCUGGGAUGGUUAUCAUGUCGCAACACCGACCUCUUCGUCGACAACAGCACCGUCCCCACCUCCCUGGUUGCCUACGCAGUCAGCAAGCGAGACUGGCCAAAUUGCGGAUCAACCGCCGAAGGUGACGGUGUCUGCGGCUACCUUCCAGCUUCGACACAGCCUGGGCAUGCCUCCCCUGCCUACCCAGAGCACUGGGUAGAGGUGCCCCCUGUCUCUACGACUCCUGCCAGCGCGGAGGUCUCGAGAACGGCAGGGCACAUUGUGCAGCCUAUCACGCAGCAGCAGGGCCCAUUGGCCGGGGAUGCGACGUCUACGACAAUACCGGCGGACCAACUCAAGGUGGUCAAAUACCGUGGCCCCAUCGAAGUCACGGAGCUGCUGGGAUAUGAAGCUGGACCAUCCAUCCAGUCCAGAGACGCAGAAGUUCCAAAAAGGCAACGGAUUGUGCAGGAAUGUCAAUCCGAUGCCUUCUUCGAGUGGAUGCACGCUCUGGCCACAAUCCUGCUGUUCAACGAGUCGCUCAUUCUGGGUGGCCUCAGGUCCACAGAACUGACGGAACUGUGGAAUCGCCGCAUCGCGACUCUCAGCAAAGUUCCGUGGAUAUUUGGGCCCCUCCUGCUCGUUCGCAACGUCACUCACAAAACCUCAUGGAUGGAGGCAAUGACAGCCCGUCUGGUGGAUGACGACAAGGGUCGCACAACGGUGUCCCUUUUAACGCCUGGCGGCUCGCAGAGCCUGGCUACGGUCACCACCUCCUUCGGGAUACUGGGAGGUCUCUUCAGAAACAUGUGGGACAGGGACGAGAUGGCAGCACUCCUAGGGUCCUAG